UCAUUCUAUCAUUUCAACUUUUCUCUCCAUCUCUCCCUCUCUCUGUAUCCUCAAUCAUGGUGGAUGAUGACUUUUGCAACACCAAACUUGCCCUCGGAAUUGGUACUUCUUCCGGCAAUUCAGUGCCUAAGCCAGACAAGCGUGCCUUGUCAUUGGACCUGUCCUUGGUUGACGAAGGACAAUCUAGCAGAAAUAGCGAGGAUAAUGGCGGUGAAAGCAGAAAGAAGUUGAGGCUCUCUAAGGAGCAAACAGCUGUUCUAGAAGAUAGUUUCAAAAAGCACACCACUCUCAACACUGCUCAGAAAAUUGAGCUGGCUGCCAGGUUAGGUUUGAAACCUCGGCAAGUUGAGGUGUGGUUCCAAAACAGGAGGGCCAGAACAAAACUGAAGCAAACAGAAACUGAUUGCGAGCUAUGGAAGAACCAUUGCGACAAUCUGAGAGAGGAAAAUGGCAAGUUGAAGAAAGAGAUUGACGAUUUGAAAGCCUUAAGGGCAGCAUUUUAUGCACAAAUAACAAACUGCGUGGGGAUUUCAGUGUGUCCGUCGUGCAAAAAAGUGCAAGGAGUUGCCACUAAGGGGAGUAGCAGUGGCGAUGGGAAGCAUGAAAGAAAUGCAACAGCCGCUGCAGCCUCCGGGGACGUGGUCCAGAGCCCUAAGUACAAGCAUAGCGGCUUGAAAAUUCGGGGUUAAUUAUAAUCAUAGAGAGGUUGAAUCUUUGUUAUAGAGAGCUAGUGUCUCAAGUAUGGAAGCAAUUUCAGUUACAAAUUAAUAAAGUUGCUAAGCAUUGUAGCUUAAUUAAUUAUG